AUGAACAAUCAUACAGAUGAAACAUUAAAAAAAGUUGUUGUCUCUCAGCCAUCAUCGAGAAAAUCUCGUUCAAUAAGUCGUUAUUUUCUUGGAAAUAAACGUUCAAGUAUUGAUGGCACAACACAAGACAAUAUAUUUCGUUGUCUAGUAUCAGUUGGUAUAUUUGAUUCUUAUGAUUUAUGGACUAAUGUUACUUUAUUUCGUGAUUAUACAACAUGCCGACGUUUAUUUAUAUUAACAACUAAAAAUGAAUUAAUUAUUGGUAAAUACAAUCAACGACAAUCAAUAUUUAAAAUAAAACAUCGUAUCGAUUUAAAUCGCGUAUGGUUAUAUGCAAAUAUAAAUGAUAGUAUAGCAUCUGAAAUAACAUCAUUAAAUUAUUAUGAUCAUAGUCGUUCAUUAAUUAUUGGUUGGCCAUUAGCAGAAAAUUUCAUUGUAGAAUUUGAUACAAAAUCUAUUCGAGAAAUUUGGAAACAACGUAUUGAAUCAACUCUCCGCAGUUGGUGGCAAUUAAAUGAUUCAAACAUCGAACAUGUACGUAUCGUAAUCGAUCAAAACUAUGAAUCAGAUCAAAAUAAUAAUACCGCAUCAUUUCUUAUUCGUAAAGUGGUUGGAAUUCGACCACAAGAAACCGUUCAUGACCUGAUAAAAAAGUGUAUCGAAGCGUUUCAUCUUCAAGAUCCUUCCGUGGAUAGUUAUGUCCUGUUCGCCACCAACAAUCAAUCCAAUCCAACAGUUCAUACGAAUCCGAAUUCUUCCUCACAAUCAACUCAAAUUACAAAUAUACCAUUAAUCGGUCAUGAAUAUCCUUAUUCCAUAAAAAUGAAACAUUUAAAAUAUGCUCAUGCAACAUUUUCAAAUAACCGUUCAUUUGAUGGUGAUGACCAUUUAUCAUGUCAAACUCAUCAUACGAGCUCAUCGACGAGUUUAAAUAAUGUAACAAUAACAAGUUGUCAUGAUUUUGAAUUAAGGAAACGUGAUACGUUAUCUGAAAAUCAAACAAGAAAACAUCGUUUUUUUCAUAAACGAAAAACGAAAACACAACAACAAUUAAAUGAUGACUAUCAUUCGCCAUCAACACCAUAUCUUAGUUCACCAAAUCAAACAAAAAUUUAUUUUAAUUUUUUUGGUCGAACACCUGAUGAACUUAUUCAAAGAUAUAAUCAUCAAUUACCACCGGUGAUCAUGCAACUACUGGAAGUUCUCUAUUUAAAAGGACCAGAUACAACGGGUAUUUUUCGUAAAGUUGCCAAUGCAAGAUCGGUCAAAGAUUGUAUUGAAAAAAUCGAACGAAAUAUUCCAUUACAAGAUGAUGAUUUACAUCCAAUAUUGGCUGCUGGACUAUUAAAACAUUUUCUACGCACCCUACCUGAGCCAUUAUUUAAUUCGAUUCAGUAUGAUAAUUGGAAAAAAUGCCUUCGACUUUCAACAUCAAUAGAAAAGGUUUCAUUUGCAAGAAAAAAUAUAUUAAUUACUCUGUCCGAAGCGAAUCAUAUUCUGUUGAAAGGAUUUAUAUGCAUUCUUCAUCGGAUAUCUCAAAAUGCUGAUACCAAUGGAAUGAAUCCAUUUAAUUUGGGUUUAUGCGUAUCAAAUAGUCUAUUUAAAACAGAAUCAACAACAAUAACAUCUGGCAAACAAGAAGCUGAUGUUAUGUCAUCAAUCGUUGAAUUUCUAAUACAAAAUUGUUCAUCUCUGUUCGGUUCAGAUAUUCUCACAUGUAUAACAGAUAAACGUAUUAAUGUUCAUCAAAUGUCAAACAUAACUCGCCCAGCAGCUUCAUCGAUUGAAAGUCUUGAUGAAGUCGAAUCGUCUCCGCAUUUACCAAUCGUUAAUCGAUCACAUGACUCUGGUUUAGCUGCAUCCGAUCAGCCAUUCAAUGAUGAUAGUUCAGAAAUUAGUGAACAUUUUCGACGUAAUAUAAUACCUGUAGUCGCACCCAUACCCGAUUGGUCAUCAUCAAUAGUUUGUGGUAAAGGUAUUGUUCUAACAAGUAUUAUUACCAACAAUACGAAUUCAUCGGUGACAACAUUAUCUAUAACACGACGUCGUAGUUCAAAAAAUACUUAUAAACCAUCGAAACAAUUUUUAGAACGAGAAAAACUAACCAAUAAUACAACAGAUGAUUCAGAUAAUAAUUCAAGUAAACACUCAUCAGCAACUACAAUACAUAAUAUAACCAUAGGAAAAAUAAAGCGUUCAAAAUCUUUAUCACGACAUUCAUCAUUAGGUAGUGGUGAACAAAAACAAACACAAAAAUACUCAACAAAAGAAUCUCGACGUUUGACAAGCAAUAAUGUUAAACGAACAUCAUCAUUAAAACAAUUUCAUCAUUCAUCCGAUGAAGCUGGUGAUGAUGAUGAUGAUGAACAUAAGAAUAUAUUAGCGAAUGAACGACGAACAAAAUUAACGAAACCAAAAGCAAAUAAUAAUAAGAAAACUAUAAAUGAUGAAUCUAUGACAAUAAGAUCAACGGCGUCUGAACAACAAGAUUUAGAUUUAACCAGUGAGCCAUUAAGUACAAUAAAUCAACGUUUGACGUCUUCUAUCGCAACUCCAACUCGUUCAGCAUCGUUUAUAUUAACACCAGCGUCGAAAAAAUCCGAUGUACCUAUAACAGAAACAACUCAACCCGUACAUUCAAAUACACAUCAACAACAACAACAACAACCCAUUAUAGCUGGUAGUCGUUCUCGACAUACGGGUCCACUGUCAGCGACAACCAAUAAAGUCUAUUUAGUACCUCAGCCAGCUCCUCGUUAUCAACAUCUCGGUCAAACAAAUUCCAGCAAAGAAAAGCCGCUUACAACAACAGAACGUGGCCGAACAUUUGUACAUCGUGCUGAUUCACGUCCUUUUGUACUUGGUGCAGCUAUACAAAUGAAGCCCAUUGAUGAUCUCUUGUCAUCCAAUGAGAAACGCCGCCCAUGUCAUCGACAAAAUGCUCUUCGUUAUAAAUCAAAUGAACAAGAACGACAAUCACGUAUAUCCGCACCAGUUAUAAUAAGUUACAAUCAACCACCCAAUGUGUCACGUUAUCAAUCGAUUGAAAGACGUUUACCAUCAUCACCACAACAACCGAUAAAAACAUUUUCAUUCGAUAUCAAUAAUGAAUUUCGUUCGUCUGAUAUAUCAUGGUCAGUGCGUGAAAAAGCGAAACUAUUUGAACAUACGAAUCAACAUAAACUAUCGACGGGUCGUGAAAAUUAUGUGUAA